UGAUGUUGCUGGCGGUGGUGGCGGGGGGCGAGAAAAAAAGCAAAUAUUGCUCUUUCUAUUCCUGAGCGUGCACACGCGUGACAUUUUCACGGGGAAUGGCAGCGCGUGACGGAAGCACCGCCAGAUCCGCAUUCUCGCACUUUUGCCGGAGAAAUUGGACCUUUUAAAACGCGUCUCGUCUACCUGCUCAUCACAAAAAAACCAAAAAAACAAGACCUAAUAGUCCUCCAAAUACAUCGCGCGCCGGUGAUGGUAGCGAGGCAGCCGCGGUCGAGCCCACGCGCAUUUCGAGACGUUUUUUGCCACUGAGCCGUUUUACGCACAUUGUCAACUUCAGCGUUUUGCGUAGGAUCAUGUCGCGCCGCAAGCAAGCGAAGCCAAGAUCCCUCAAAGUAGAAGACAAUGUGACAGAGGAGCAGCAGCACCACAGUCCCGGGCACGCUGCCAUUCCGAGCGAUCCAGAGUGCGCCCCCGAGAGGGCGUCGGAGGACGCGGAGAGCGGGCGUCUGAGGAAGAAGAGGCUGCUCUCUCCCGAGGAAGUCGAGGAGGGAGAGGAGGACGACGAGGAGCCGGCGCUGCACAGCUGCGACAGCUGCCGGCAGGUGUUCGAGUCGCUGAGCGAUCUCACCGAACACAAGAUUAAUCAAUGCCAGCUGACAGACGGGGCAGACAUCGAGGACGACCCAUCAUGUUCUUGGCCAGCGUCAUCUCCCUCCAGUAAGGAUCAGACGUCUCCGGGACACUGCGAAGACUAUGAUUUCGGCGAGGACGAAGGGGGUCCGGGCCUGCCGUACCCGUGCCAAUUCUGCAACAAGUCUUUCAGCCGCCUGAGCUUCCUCAAACGUCACGAGCAGAGCCACGGCGACAAGCUUCCCUUCAGCUGCACCUUCUGCAGCCGUCUGUUCAAGCACAAGCGCAGCCGCGAUCGACACGUCAAGCUGCACACCGGUGACAAGAAGUACCACUGCGGUGAAUGCGACUCAGCCUUUUCCCGCAGCGAUCACCUGAAAAUCCACAUGAAAACUCACGCCUCCAACAAACCCCACAAGUGCCCCGUGUGCCGCCGAGGCUUCCUCUCGUCCAGCUCGCUGCACGGCCACAUGCAAGUGCACGAGCGGGGCAAAGAGGGCGGCGGCUCUAGCCUCUGUAGAGUUGACGACUGGAAGCUGAAAGAGACGCGCAAGUGCAGCCGUUGUGAGGAAGGCUUCGAUGUCCCAGAAGACCUCCAAAGGCACAUUGCCGAAUGCCACCCUGAGUGCUCCCCAUCAGAGGACGGAGGGCUGGGUGCCACCCUUCAGUGCAUCUACUGCCACGAGCCCUUCAGCGACGAAGGUGCGCUGCUGACCCACAUCGACCAGGCCCACAGCCGGGACCGGAAGAGCCACUCCUGUGCUAUCUGCUCCGAGCACUUUUUGUCUGUUGAAGACCUCUGUGCUCACAUGGACAUCCACCAGCUCCCUGAAUCUAGUAACCAUAGUAACAGCCCUUCUUUGCUGACUGUGGGCUACACUUCUGUCUCAAGCACCACUCCUGACUCAAACCUCUCCGUUGACAGCUCAACAAUGGUGGAAAUAGCGCCGCCUGUCCCCAAGACUCGGGGCAGGAGGAAGAGGGCUGCUCAUAACGCAUCGGACAUAGGGGGGCGGGCUGCCAAACAGCCAAAAGUUUGUUAUACUUGCAUGUACUGCAAUAAGCAAGUGUUCUCAAGUUUGGCUGUGCUUCAGAUUCACCUACGGACCAUGCAUCUGGACAAGCCGGAGCAGGCUCACACCUGCCAGUUUUGCUUGGAGGUGCUGCCCUCAUUAUUAAAUCUCAAUGAACAUCUGAAGCAGGUCCACAACGCUGAAGCCCUGCUGGCCGGCUUGCCUGACUCCCUCCUUCAGUGCAACUUCUGCCCCGAGAUACUGAGCGAUCUCAACGCCCUGCAGGAGCACAUCCGCUGUUCCCAUGGCUUUCCAAGUCCUGUGGCCAAGGAGAGCAAUGCCUUCUUCUGUCCCCAAUGCUUCAUGGGUUUCUUGACAGAGACGACCUUGGAAGAGCAUGUUCGUCAGACUCACUGCGACGGGGGUAGCCUGCGUUUCGACUCUCCUUUGGCUGUCACUCCCAAGGAGCCCAUUGUAGAGGUUUACUCCUGCUCGUACUGCACCAAUUCACCCAUAUUCAACAGUGUACUGAAGCUCAACAAGCACAUCAAGGAGAAUCAUAAGAACAUUCCCCUUGCACUCAACUACAUCAAUAAUGGAAAGAAGACGUUGCAUGCUCUCAGCCCCUCGUCUCCAAUAACGGUAGAGCAAGCGUCCAUGCUCAAGCAUGGCGGCUCCGCCGCACGCUCUUCCGGCGAGUUCCUAUGUAACCAGUGUGGGGCCAAGUAUACAAACUUAGAUCUUUUCCAGACUCACCUGAAGACUCACCUAGAUGGCCUGCAGCCUCAACUCACCUGCCCGCAGUGCAACAAAGAGUUCCCCAACCAGGAGUCCCUGCUGAAGCAUGUCACCAUUCACUUCACAAUCACCUCCACAUAUUACAUCUGCGAGAGUUGUGACAAACAGUUCACGUCUGUGGAUGACCUGCAGAAGCACCUGCUUGACAUGCACACCUUUGUGUUUUUUCGUUGCACUCUGUGUCAGGAGGUUUUUGACUCAAAGGUUUCUACCCAACUCCACUUAGCUGUGAAGCACAGCAAUGAGAAGAAGGUGUAUCGCUGCACCUCCUGUAACUGGGAUUUCAGGCACGAAACAGACCUGCAGUUACAUGUCAAACACAGCCACCUGGAAAACCAAGGCCGUGCCCAUCGUUGCAUCUUCUGCGGGGAAUCAUUUGGGACGGAGGUGGAGCUGCAGUGUCACAUCACCACCCACAGCAAGAAGUACAACUGCCGCUUCUGCAGCAAGGCCUUCCACGCGAUCGUGCUGUUGGAGAAACAUUUGCGGGAGAAACAUUGCGUCUUCGAGGGAAAGGCACAGAACUGCGGUGCUAACGGCUCGGCAUUAAGCGGGGCGGAUGGCCAUCCGAAAGAUGAAGCGGAGUUGCAAGGUCUUCUGACCAACAGCCACGGUACAGGGACCACAGUAGGAUCAGCAGUGGAGUCCCAGAACAGCCAUGAUGGAAGCGAGGAGGAGGUGGAAUCUGCAGAGCCCAUGUAUAGCUGUGACAUCUGUGGGGCCUCCUACACAAUGGAGUCACUUCUCACCAAUCACCAGCUGAGGGACCACAACAUUCGCCCCGGUGAGAGCGCCAUGAUGAAAAGGAAAGCUGAAAUGAUCAAAGGAAACCACAAGUGCAAUGUAUGCUCUCGCACCUUCUUCUCUGAGGCUGGUCUAAGGGAACAUAUGCAGACCCACCUCGGGCCCGUCAAGCACUACAUGUGUCCCAUCUGCGGGGAGCGUUUCCCCUCUUUGCUCACUCUGACGGAACACAAGGUCACCCACAGCAAAAGUCUCGAUACGGGCAGCUGCCGCAUGUGUAAGAUGCCUCUCCAUAGUGAGGAGGACUUCCUGGAGCACUGUCAGAUGCACCCUGACUUGAGGAAUUCGCUGACGGGUUUCCGGUGCGUGGUGUGCAUGCAGACAGUCACCUCCACAUUGGAGCUGAAGAUCCACGGGACCUUCCACAUGCAAAAAACAGGGACCAUGUCCGCAAACCAAUCCAUUGGGCGCGGCAACGCUAUCGCUCACACCCAGCAGCUACAUAACGUCCAAAAACCUUUCAAGUGCGCCUCCUGCUUGAAAGAUUUCCGUUCAAAGCAGGACCUGGUCAAGCUGGACAUCAACGGCCUGCCUUAUGGACUUUGCGCAUCUUGUGUGGCCAGCGCUGGUUCGAAGAGCUCCAGCCCGACGAUGAAUGGAGGCAGACAACAGCAGCAACAGGGAGGUCCCGCCACUCCAGCGCCGAACGCUGCUCAAUGGAUCCAAGGAGAGAGUCUCAGCCCGGGCGAGGGGAAAAGCAAAACCGUCUCCUCAUCGUCCUCGUCCUCGUCGACAUCCUCAACUGCGGCCACGAAGACACGGUGCUCGACCUGCAACGUGAAGUUCGAGUCCGAGGCAGAAUUGCAUAACCAUGUCCAGACGCUGCAUGCGGGGGACAGCGGCAGUGGACAGCUAAAGACGCCUCAGAUGUCCCCUAUGCCCAGAUCCAGUCCAUCGCAAACUGAGGAGAAGAAGACGUACCAGUGCAUCAAAUGUCAGAUGGUGUUCUACAGUGAAUGGGACAUCCAAGUUCAUGUGGCCAACCAUAUGCUCGAAGAGGGCUUGAACCACGAAUGCAAACUGUGCAGUCAGUCGUUCGACUCGCCGGCCAAGCUUCAGUGCCAUCUGAUCGAGCACAGCUUCGAGGGGAUGGGCGGAACCUUCAAGUGUCCUGUGUGCUUCACAGUGUUUGUGCAGGCCAACAAGCUUCAGCAGCACAUCUUCUCCGCUCACGGGCAGGAGGAUAAGAUCUACGACUGCUCGCAGUGUCCUCAGAAGUUCUUCUUCCAGACGGAAUUACAGAACCACACGUUGACUCAGCACAGCAGCUAACGCGGCUCAGAUGACCGCCGACGACGACAGAACGGACGACGUGACGCAGAGAACACAGCCCGAGCGCCAAUUAUGGCCAGCGCGCCGUCCCGCUCGCUGUCUCGCUUAAAGGAUUCAGCGGCGUGGAGACGAAGCGACGCCACUGCGAGCAAGAAAAAAAGAAAAAAGACAAAGACCGGCAAGAAAAUAAAGACGUUAGCAGGGGGACCACAAAAUGACAUUGCCCAUUGUUUACGAAAAAAAAUGUGCUUGUACAUAGACUUCUUCAUGUGUUGCUUAACUACAGCUAUAUUGCAAUCUUAUACAGUAUUUGCCAAUGUACAGUUUAACGUUUAUCUGUAAAAAAAAAAAAAAAGCAACAACAACAAAAAAGUCAAUCAGCUUCAAUUGGACUUAAAAAGGAGAAAAGAAGGUUCAGCGGCAUGUCGCUGCGCAUCCCGCGUCAAUCAUGAGGAUGAGAUGAACAAGGCUUCUUCUUCAGAAGCAAAGCGGGAAAGGAUGCCGACAUAUGCAAACGCGUCGAGACACAUUUGCGGAAGGUGAGGUCCUCGCCGUCCCGAACGGAGGCGUGAAAACAUUCCCACGUGGCUCCGAGAGCAUGGGGACGUCUCCAGCCCGCUGACUCAACCUGUACAUUUCUACUCUUGAUGUUUACUGCUCAUUGAAGCCUGGAGAUGACUGGAUUUUAUUAUUAUUAUUUUUUUAUGUUUUGUUAUCUCUACAUUUGUGUUCAACAAGGGAGUGAGAAUCAAUUCAAAUUUGGGUUUUAUGAUCGGGAAUACCGUUUUAUCCUGUAUUAGGGACGUACUCUAUUUAGUCCCUGGCUCUCCUGGAGAGUGGCCGACAUCGUUCGUCCCCCUCUGUGUCUUCUUCGCAGUGUCGUUGCCCUCCGCUCCAGCUGGAAGCCGCCGUGGCAACACACUUUAAAAACAACAACAACAUUGGGUUGUGUAGACGUUUUGCAUUCAUUGAAACUGAGAUGCACUUUUGUAUGAAACUUUAAUGUUUUGACAUUUUGACUCGAGAAUCGUUCGUACGCCGUUUACAGGAAAUCUCCGGCUAAAUCUCCCCGCAGCAAGACGACAGUUAUUGCCAAUGUUACUCAAAAGUAUUGUACAAAUAAGGAGCUUUGUAUUUCAGCAGAGCUAUUUUUUUGUGUUGCACAUGUGAUGGAAAUAUUAAAAAGUAUGAGGAAAA